AUGCUUGACAAAGAACUUCUCGACUCCCUUUUGUUUGAUCCGUCGUCCAACCUUUUGAUGUCGAUUUGUUGUAAUUUGAUAUACGACCCUAAGGACCCUUUUUGCCAAACAAACGCACUUUGUGUGAUGGAUUAUUUUAGAGCUAACAAUCGCCUCCAGGACUUAUUUAUUUGGGCAUUUCAAAAGGAAUUUUUACAGAACGGUAAACCAAACGACAUCACUGAAACAUACCCAUUCUUCUCCGCUUUUAAUUACCAAUACACUAUCGACAACUUUUUUGACUUCUGCAAAGAAACAACAAAAUCAUUUCUAUCAAAUAAGGACCUUUUGCACUCAAUCAAUAUUCAACUCUUUAAGGGUAAUACUGAAGAAUUCACCAAAGAGAUGAAUGAGGAGUAUUAUGUCUCUAUUCAGCAGUUACUCAAAAUUGUAUUCAUGUUCAGAACAGACUUUGAAAUUAACACCAAAUUGAUACCAACAGACUAUUUGAUGUUUUUGAAAGGCAUUUCCGACCUUUUGUCUGAACAAAAGUAUAAGGAGAAAGGCUUCACAAACUCGAUAUUUAGUAGAAUCAUCAAAUUGACUAUUAUUAACUUUAUGAAGAACAAGAGAAUGCUGAGAAGAGCAUUCCAAGACAUAGAUCAGGACUUGGAUGUCAUUUUGUUCAUCGCGGAGACGUUUGAAAAGUUGAUGACGCACUCGACGGAGCCAUACAUUCUCAACUUAAAUGCACUGGUGAAAGACUUCAAUGAGUUUGGACAGAUCGACGCACUCUUUGAACGAACAAGUUUUGCAAUAGACGAGGCGACACCUUUGAAAAACAUUUCUGUUGUUGAACUGGCAUCUCUCAUCAAGUGCAACAUAUUACCAGUGAAGAGAAUGCUACACCCAAAGAUUCGAGCACAAGUCGAUAAAGCACUUUCACUCAGCGCGACGUCAGAUAACGAUUUCGAUAUUUAUGUGAAUGUAUUGCACUCGUUUGAAGCGUUCUCGAGAAACUACUAUAUGUACCUCACUGCGGCUUUAGAUGAAAUUAAUACCAAAAACAGGCAAAUUGCUAAAUUGAAGGCAGAAUACGAGAAAACAAACGAAAUUUUGAGACAGAAGAAAGUAUACUCGAAAACACUGCAAAUGCGAUUGUACCAAUUACAACCGAUGACCUCCCCACGGUUUUCCGACUCGAAAAAAGUGACGAAAUCGGAGCGGUCGUUUUUGUCGAUCAAAUCGGCGAGCGGGACGACGCGACAAGCCGCAACGAUGUCAUCGCGCGAAAUGCGGAAGUCACAAGAAGUCGAGCGCAAAGCACAGAAAAAACUUUUGAAGGAGGAGAUCAAGAAGAAGGAAAAACUCGAGCGGGAACAAAAGAAGAAGAAGAAAGAGAUAGAAAAGAAGCUCAAAAAAGUCCAAGAUCCGCCAAAGUGA